AGGCAGCAAGCUGGCCAGAGUGCAGCACUCUGCUCUGGGACUUCGCCUGGCUGGUCCUCAGACAGAACUUACACCUCUGGGCUUGGUUGGCUGAGCCAGGCCGGGCUGGCAGAGGGAGAGUUUGUGCCACAACCAGGGAGGGUGUCAGUUCAGCCACAGCUUCAUAAAGAAGCCAGAGUCCCAAGGGGUGCCCAGUCCUUUCCUCUGAAUUCCUCCCCCUGAAUUCCUGUCACUUCCCCUGCCUUGGAGGGCGGCUUCUCCCCCUUGGCCUCUCUGUCCUCAGAGGAAGCUUCCUGCUUCCUCCUCCCUCCACAAGCAUGAGUGGGAGGGAAGAGGACGUGAGGCUCACCUGCCAGGGAGGGGCCUUUACAGCCUGUUCUGUGCAGUAUCAUCUGUGUCUGUCUGUCAAUCUCCCACCUUCCUGCUCCCUGGGUCCUUGAGGAGGGAAGAGUCGGUUUCUUACCUUUGACCUGUUGUCCAGCCAUAAUGUGUCUUAUCUAAAACUCUGAGAGGUGGGGUACCUAGCUCUCCAGUUCUUUUUUUUUUUAAUUUCAGUUCCCAUAUUAUAUAGUCCCAAGACACAGUGGCCAGAAACUGUGCAGAGACCUUACACAGAGGGGAUUCUUACAACCUCCAUUUUUGGUGAGUAGCUGAGGACAAAAACGAGGUGUGUGGCCCCUGAGAUGGAUCCGUAGGCCCUGGGUACACCCUUUCCAUAAUCCCAGAAGGAUUCCUAGGUGGAGAAUGAGUUGAGAGGAUCACCAUUACGGGGGCAGGGGCAGAGAAGGGAACAUGGGUGAGGGGUGAGCAGGUGCCAGGGUCAGCCAGAAGGGAAUUAGGGGAAGGUGGCCAGGAAGCCUGUGGGGUGUGGUCUGGCCUCAGGAGGGUGGCAGAGGAGCCUGAAGAAAGGGGGAAAGAUCUGAAAAGGAAGGAGAGGCAGAGUGACUGAUGGAAGAGGAGAGAGUAGGAAGGAUUUGGAGGGAAGAGAGCCUAAGGGCUGCAACGUGGUGGGGAUCAAAGAGCUGCUGCUGACAAGAAAUGAGGAGGGGCAGCCGUGUCAGGCUGGACUGGUGGUGGGCCUAUGGAAGGUCCCGCAGGGCCGGCGAGUGGGGAGGCACAGGGGCCAAAAGUAGGCCAGGGAGAGGGUGAAGCAGAGAGUGGGUGGUGGGAGAUGUCCCAGGUAAGGUUUUGGGAUUCAUUUGCUUUUACCAAGUAUGAGGGGAUCCUUCAGAAGGUGACCAGAAACGGAGGAGAUAGGACUUGCGGGUGGGGGGCUGUCCAGGAUAUCCAGCUGCAAGCCACUGUUUAAGUAUAAAGGUAGGGUUUCCUUCUGCGAUCAGUUUAUCACCAUCUUACUGGGAAAUGGUGGGUAGGGGCACCCAUCCAACUGCCUUCAGAACAGGAAGGGAGGGAGGCCCAGGAGUCAGAGCCAAGGGAAGAAGUCGUCUGUUGGGGUUGGUAAUGUGAGGUCUGCAGCCAAGCCCUUCAUCUCUUCCUGGUUCCUCUGUUCAUCAGCACUGGUAAGGUUUGGGGAUGGUGGGCCUGCCUUCCCACCCAUCGGGUCCCUUUGAGCAAGGGGCAACUCUGCUGUGGGAGACUCAGAAAACAGGUCUUACUUUCCUUUUGGGGCAAUCGCCAUUCCAGCUUUCCUCCAGAAGGGUUCUACCAGCCGUGAGGAGAGUCUGGCAUUUGUGAUGGUCAUUCCAUCUGUGUAGUAAAUGCCACACCUUCUAGAAACAGGGAAGCCAAAUCAUUCCAAGUGCUGAUUGGCCUAGAACUUUUGGAUCGGCCAAAAGUACAAGAUCAAAAAACCUGAACCAAUAUCCCCCUGCCCCCAAACUUCAAUUGGCUUCCUUUCCCCAGUUGGUCCAGGCACAAUGCCCACGGUAUUUGAGUCAAUCUCAAGAGCUGUGGUUAAAGAGAUAGACGCCAGUGGAAAGACGAUUGCCGUCAGAAGCCUCAGCGAUGCUGACAGAUUCCACCGCUUCUAUUUGGUGAAGAAGAGGAGACGUUUCUUUGGAUACCAGUAUGACAAGACAAACCUCACCCUGAAGGACAUCCUGGAGCGUGAAGUACCAUUUGAUAUGGUGGUUCCUGAGUUCCAAGGGGACCGUCCUGAUUCUGGGAUCAAACCUGCAUCUGCUGCAUUGCCGGAGGAUUCUUUGCCACUGAGCCACCUGGGAAACCCUCAUAUCAAGGGUCAAGGUGAUAACUUUGAAAUUCUGGACAUCGUAGACUCAAAGGGAAGUUUGGCAGUGAAAUUUCACCCCCAAAUAACAUUUAAAAUAGCAUUCCACAUUUUCCAGGAGAAGAAUAUCAAGUUAGAAAAGAGCGAGAUACCCCAGGAAUUCCUGGAUUCCCUUAAGAACAAGAAGCUGAAGAAGGAACUGCCUCCUUCAUUCCAAUCAAUCCAGGCGAAGAGAGAAGACCUGUAUAUAGUGACAGAAACUCUGAAGACAAAAAGGACUGAAACCCUGAAAUAUGAAACACAAUUUGAUGUUCAGAUCCUGUUGAAAAUGUUUGGUUUCCAACGUGAACACGAGAUAUUUGUUUCUUGGACAAAACCAGAUCCUUUCCAGAAGGUGUCUGAGGUCCAGUGCUCCGGGGAGCUACAGAUGAACAGCCCAGCGAAUUCUCUCAUAAGCAGUCUUUUCAACGCUGCUGGGGUCUUGAUAGAGGCACGCGCAGAAACCAUUUGGGAUGUCCUGGAUGCCCUGAUGGAGCUGUCUGAGUACCGGCAGUUUGUUGCUGAGGUCCUAGAUAAGGGGGAACUGCGCCCCGUGAAGUAUGAGGUGGAGUCCAUCCUGGAGGAGAACUGGGGUGAGGGGCCCCUAGAUGUGAGCUGUGAUCCUGAGGCAUGGACUCUCUGUGCCCUCUAUGUUGUUGUCUCCAUCCUGCUGCAGCUUGCUCAAGCAGUAUCUACUUCUGACAGUUUCAACAUCUCUCCAAUCUGAGCUAGAGACCCUGUUGGGAAGGAAACCAUUUUGGAAAAAUGCAAGUUUAGCCACCUUGGGAUAGAUAGAGUUGGAUGUCAACAGGUCUUGGAGAAGAGGGAAAACUACCUUGCAGGUAACAAAUUGAGGAAUUUAUUGAUUUUGCUCCUAAAAUGGAGGAGGGGAACACUGAAAGGAGAGAAGGGAGCUAAGGAGAAGCACAAGAAAGGCAGAGAGAGACUGAGACUAGAUGAAAUAAUAAAAACUUCUUGAUGUGGAAUAGGUGAAAAACACUCAAGAAUGGUGAUACCAAUCUUGUUUCUGGUAGUGGCAAGCUAGGUUAUUUAUUAUCCUGGUAAAAAUAUGGUUACAUCUAAAUGAGCAGUAAUUAUAUACAGAAAUAAUAAAACUAUUAAUAGCAUCUUUUAAUGUUAAAUACAGGAUAAUAAUAAUAAAAUAAUAUAAUAUAAUAAAUUUAAAGUGUUCUAAAGGGUUUUAUCUUAUUUGGGAAAAGAGAAAAGAUAUUGUUUACUUUUAGACUUUGAUGAUAUUGUAUGUAUUCUAUAAUUUUUAAGGUAACCAUCAAAAGACUAGGGAACAGAUGAGUGGAGGGAAAAAAGCAGAGUGAUAAAAAGAUUAUCAACAAAAAGAAUACAUGAAACAAGAGAAAAUGAAACCUUAAACAGGUGAAACAAAAAACCCAAAAGAAAAUGGUGGAAUGAAAUCCAAAUGUAUUAGAAAUUACAUGUAUACAGGGCUAAACGAUGCAGCGACAAUGUAGUAUUGUCAGAAUGGAUAAAUUUAUCUAUUUACAGUUUGUAAGACAUCUAAAUAACAUACAGAUAUAUAAUAUUGAAAAUAAAGUGCUGGGAAAACAUUAGCUUUGUAAACACUAGCCAAGAAGAAACUGGUAUAGUUACAUUAAUAUUAGGCAAAAUAAACUUGACGCAUUAAGCAUUAUUAGUGUCAAAGAAGGCCACUUCACAAUGAUAAAAAUUUCAAUUUACCAAGAAGAUACAACAAUUUUGAAUUGCUAUGUACAUAAUAAUAUAAUCUCAAAAUAUAGAAAACAAACAUUGACAGACAACAAAAUAGUCAAGUACAAACCUACUGUGAAGAUUUUAACACUCCUCUUAGUAAUUGAUAGAAUAAGCAGCUAAAAUGUCAGUAAUACAGAUGAUUUGAACAACAUAAUUAACAAACUUGAUCUGAUGGACAUAUUCAGAAAGCUAUACCCAACAAUAACUGAAGAAUAAAACUUUUAGCAAUAAAAGUAUACAUAUCAAACUUGUAAGGUGACUUCCCUGGUGGCCCAGGGGUUGAGAGUCCCCCCGCAAGUGCAAGGGACAUCAACUGGAUCCCCAGUCCAGGAACUAAGAUCCUGCAUGCUCUGGGGCAACUAAGCCUGUGCGCCACAACUAUUAAGCUGGCGCUCUAGAGCCCUCACACCGCAACCACUGAGCUUGCAGGCCACAACUGCUGCAGUCCACGUGCCCGACAGCCUGUGCCCUGCAACCAGAGAAGUCACCACAAUGAGAAGCCCAAGCACCACAACUAGAGAAGGCCCAAGUACAGCAAUAAAGACCCAGGGCAGCUAAAAAAACCCCCCAAACUUGUACGAUUAGCUAAAGGUGAUAUUUUAGAGAACAGAAUAUGUAUGUAUAACCUUAAUUGUUUAUGUGAAAGAAGAAAAGCUUAAAAGAAAAAAAGAGUUAAGUAUCUAUGUCAAGGAGCUAAAAAAAAUAUAUUAGCAAAAUAAAUCCAAAUAAAUGGAAGGAAAGAAAAUAAAGGGCACACCAAAUAUAAAGUAGUAAAUAAAUAAUAAAGAGGUUCAAUAAAGACAGAUAUUGGAUCUUUGAAAUCAGUAAUAAAAUAGACAAACCUCUGAGAAGAGUGAUAAAAAGAAAAAGGGAGAAAGAGCACCUAUAAUCAAUUUCAAAAAUGAAAAGGAGACAGUACUAUAGAUGCUAUGUGUGUGUCAGUC